UCAAUAAGCCUCAAACACUUUAUAGGAUUAUUUUAACUGUAGAGCUUGAUGGGGGCUGAGCCGCAUGUGGGCUGGAUUUAAAUGCCUCCUAAAUGAACGGGUCAUCGCUGACAUGUGACCAACGUCAAUAAUCCUGGAGAAAAGGCUUUUCAAAACCCCCGAAGAAAAAAAAAACUAUAAGAGGGGGGGUCGGCAUCCUGAGGCAGGCAGGCUUUCCACAUGUGACUCCAGACACCGAAUGGACGCUGGGAAGCUGCUUUGGGCCCCUGAAGGCUCCUCUCCUCUCUGCUGUUUCUCGUCGUAGCGCUGCUGAAUGAGCGCAGUCUUGCUGUCCUACAUAACGGGCUAAAAAAAAAAAAAAAGAGGAAAAAAAGAAGAAAGGACUUCCAGGGAUUUGACCAAGAUGUAUCGGAGUGGAAGGAAAACAUGUCUGCUUUAAUCUGGACGUCAUUUUUAUUCCAGGAGUUAUUUCUCAUCGCGGGGCUCAGAUAAAAUGAAACGGUGAUGACCUGGAUGGUGCCAUGUGAAUGACCAGAGACCAUGAAGCCCACACACAAACUGCUGUUUGUCCUGUGUGCCUGGCUGGUUCUGGUCUUUAUUUACUACGCCUCCAUGAAGCUGCACCUCUACGGUCUCUGGGGUCAGAAGCCUCAGAAAGUUGCAGUGGAGACAUCUGUAGAGCUGACUAAAGGUGCUGCAGUGAUACGAAUUGCAGAGCUGGAAAAUGAAAUCAACGCUGGACAAAUAGUAAAGCCAGUGUACGAUAAGCAAGGUUUUCUGCUGCAGGAAGCAAAACUGCCGCAGGAGUUGGCAUACAAGUAUGGCAACCUCAGCGAAGGGGUCUGUAAACCGGGAUACGCAGCAGCCAAGAUGACAUCCAUCUAUCCGAAAUUUGUAAAACCAGCCCCCAUGUUCCUCGAUCGGAACUUCAAACGACUUGCAAAACUCAGCAACCUCCUGCCCCCGUUUGGCAUCAAGACUCAAGAGAGAAUAAUUGACAGCAUUUUAACUGCCACGAAAUAUUACGGCCUUGGAAAGGAGCUAGACAGAGUCAAAUGUAAAAGAUGCAUCAUAGUGGGGAACGGGGGAAUCCUGUAUAAUAAGUCUCUGGGCUCCCGUAUUGAUGAAUACGAUGUUGUCGUAAGGUUGAACGAAGCCCCAGUAAGCGGCUACAAGAGAGACGUUGGGACCAAAACUACGAUGAGGAUCACCUACCCAGAGGGCGCCAUCCAGAAACCUGACAGCUACGAAAAAGACUCGCUGUUCGUCUUUUCUGCUUUCAAACCGCUUGAUUUCAAGUGGCUCAGACAGAUGGUCUUCAAGGAAAGGCUGAGGGGAACGGAGGGGUUCUGGAAGUCCGUAGCGCAGUAUGUGCCUCGGGACCCAACAGAGAUGAGAAUCCUCAAUCCAUACUUCAUCUACGAGGCUGCGUUCCACUUCAUAGGCCUGCCGUUCAACAACGGGUUAAUGGGCAAAGGGAACAUUCCAACUUUGGGAACCGUUGCUAUAACGAUGGCGCUGCAUAACUGUGACGAGGUGGCGGUGGCUGGUUUUGGCUACGACAUGACAUCUCCUCACGCUCCUCUGCACUACUACGAGAAUGUCAAGAUGUCCGCCAUUAAAGAGUCUUGGACUCACAACAUCUCCAAGGAGAAGGAGUUUCUCCGUAAGCUGGUUAAAGCCAACGUUAUCACGGAUCUCACCAAAGGAAUCUGAGUUUAAACCCACAACCUCCCUCUGCCGCUUCCACGGAAGACCGACCUGAAAGCUGGAACGCAGCGAGAACCCCCUCAGGGGGGGGGUUGAUGAAAGAUGCUCUUGCGUGCCUUCAGAACUGAACCAUGACUCAGUAGGACCGGACCUGCCGGCGGCGGCGUGCCAAGCGGCCGCGCCGCUUCAGACGUACUGUAUCAGUGUGAGGACGGCGGCCCUGCAGGCUCUCUGCUCCUGGACCCGGGGCGGCGUGUGGGGGACGGGUCGCGCAUUAGCAGUGCCAAACGUACCUCGCGCCGGGGAGCCCCCCCACCCCCCUCCUGUUUUGCCUGAAUGUAUUCUCUUUACUCUGUAAAUAUCAAAGGUUUGUACUGUGCUUUUUACCGAGCUGCAGUAGCUCCAUCACCUCAUCCGCCUCCUUCCAAUCAUCGUGUCAUUGAGUCCGAGUCCGUGUCCCGACCCGUUCGCAAAUCAAUCUUCACCUCCAAACGGAA